AUUUAAAAGAAGAGCUCCGUCUUUGUUCCAGUUAUUAAUCGACAAAUAUGAUUCAUCUAGUGGAUCUGCUGUGUUUGAGUCUUCUGUGUCUGACCGGGAAAACACUUGGUGAUAAAAACGGACCAGCAGUCAUCAACGUGGACAGAGGGGCUGAGGUUGUGUUACCCUGCUCUCUCAGCACCAAGGAGGACAUUGAGUUGAAACUGUUUGUCUGGAGGAAAGCUCCUCAGAAAGAUGAAGGUCAGAAGGAAGUGUUCCUGUAUGACAAAGGCAUCGAUAACAGAGGUCAGAGUGAAGAGUUCAAAGGCCGAGUCUCUCAUUUCCAAGAUAAACUGAAACACGGCGACGCCUCCAUAACCAUCAGAAACACAACGCUAUCUGACAGUGGAGAAUACAGCUGUUAUUUUCCUCGUCUUCAGCCUCGUCAAACUUUCUACAUUCAGCUUGUUGUUGAGCCGUCAAAGGUCAUCAAAGUGGAAGAAGACAGUGAUGUUGUGUUACCCUGCUCUCUCAGCACCAAGGAGGACGUUACAUCUGGACUCUUUGACUGGAGGAAAGAUGGAGGUCUGAAGGAGGUGUUCCUGUAUGACCGAGGCUUUCAUUACAACAUCGGUCUAGUUGGUCAGAGUGAAGAGUUCAAAGGUCGAGUCUCUCAUUUUCAAGAUGAACUGAAACACGGCAACGCCUCCAUAAUCAUCAGAAACACAAAGAUAUCUGACAGUGGAGUCUACAGCUGUGAUUUUCCAGAACUUCAAAAACCUCAAACAUUCUACUUUAAGCUUGUUGUUGGUUCAGCUCCAGAGACAAAUGAACGUUCACUAAUGAUGACAUGAGGCUUUGAUGACGUCUGUGUUGCUGGAAACAUUGAUUUAGUCUCCAGUUAUUUUCUGCUGUGUUCUAUCCCAGUUAGGCUGGUUCAUGUGGUCUUCAGUUCUAGUUGAUGGUGGACCUGUUGGUAAGACUGGUCCAGUAUUCCAGAUCCAGAGGUGUGUAGAGCAGAGAGGACCAGCUCAACAUGAUGAUGCUCUUAGAAGUCUUUAUUUUAGAUUCAGAAGUUAGCUGUGAUGGUGUGAAGUGUGACAUAUAUUGUGUAAAAAGGUAACUUUAUGUAAUCUUUUAGUUAUUUUAUAGUGUUUUAUUCCAGCUGUUUGCUCUUUAGACGAUCAUUUCUUGCCUGUGUGUGUAGAAGAAUAGUAAAGGCUGAGAUGUGGAAUUGAUCUUUUUAUCUAACUCAGUGAAUGAAGCGGCGCCCUGGUGGAUCAGCGGGUAGAGCCGGGACUUUAGGCUGAGUCCUCACCGUGGUGGCUUUGGUUUGAGUCCUCCACAGGACCCUUCCUGCAGGUCUUCUCUGGUCUCUCCUGACUGUCUCUAUCACUGUCUU